AUGGAGAAGGAGAAGAAGAAGAAGAUUGCGGAGCAGGUGAACGUGACCAACAAGGCCGACAACCAAAACCAGAAGCAGAGGAGGAACAGCAGUAGUAUUCCUGACAAGGAAGAACAUGAACAUGAAUGUGAACAACUGAAGCUUGCUGCCAUGGCCAUCACCUCCAACUCCAACAUACGCCUGAGGUCCGCCGACAUGCCCUUCUCCAUGCAAGAACGAGCCCUCCGUCACGCCCUCCACCUCCAACUCAACUCCAACUCCAACUCUAAUUCCGUCCGCCUCAAUCCCACCCUCCUCGCCCGCUCCCUUAAAAAGGAAUUCGAUCGAGUGUACGGGCCGGCGUGGCACUGCGUGGCCGGGAGCAGCUUCGGGUCAUUCAUCACCCACUCCCCCGGUGGCUUCCUCUACUUCUCCCUCUCCCUCGACGCCAACCGCUCCCUCUCCAUUCUUCUUUUCAAGACUCACCUUCAACUCAUCACAACUUAACAACUACUACUAUGAUUAAUUAGUCAUCAGUAUUUACAUAUAUAUAGACUUCUUGAUCAUGAUAUAAAUAUUCAUCAAGUCAAAACUGUUUAAUUCAUCCAUCUUUCUUGUCCACGAGUUCAACUCUAAUCUAAUAUAUGUUGUGUGUGAUCGAUCCAUCCAUAAUCAACACACAACUAUGGCCGAUAAAAGGAUCAAUAGCCUUGUGGUUUUGUGUGUGUGUGUGUGUGUGUGUGUUUAAACAAACAUUCCAACACAAUUGCAGGUCAAAAUUAAAAGCAUCUCAACUGUUCAUACCAAAAUAAUACAUGCGCUGGGCAUAAUCUGAUUAUUCUGCAAUUGUAAAAACAUCACUUGCAGACAAGAUAUAUUUAGCGUACAUAUGCACACACCAGUUUUAUUUUUUGAACUACAUAUAUAUAAAAUGCUCCCCAUGACAGCAAAAAAAAGAAGGCAGAUAUAGUUAAAAGAAAAAAAAAAGAAUAGGACUAAAAA